UGUCCCUUCCGAUUUUCGAUCCUGGGGGACAAAAACACUGUAGAACAAGAGUUAUCAAAAACUUCUGCUAUCAAAAACUACUUUAGGUAGCCGCUAUGGGACCCAUUAUCGACCUUGACCUUCGUUUUCGUAACUCCUACCCAUCCCAGGCUUCUCGAGUUAUGCAGACACACACACAGACAUACAAACGCGCUCAAAACAUAACCUCAGAAAAAAUACGUUUCUAGCUACACGUAUUUGUCAUUGGUCUAUCCAUGUGACAAUGAUCACGUGACUAGACAAUAGCUCACGUGACAAGAUAGCUUAGGUGACCAGACAACUUGGUGCUUCAGUUCAAACUCAGACAGCACACGGGCAAGGUGUCGACAACAGCGGCUCUAACAAAAUGGCUGUAACUGAUCCAAACAUCGACCUAUUCGAUGCUGUCAGGAAUGGAUCACUUCGAGGCGUUGAAGCGGCUUUGAAAGCUGGUGCAGACAUUGACUUCGAGUAUGCGUGCUGCGAGGAGUCAAGUCCCGGGACAUUUCUGUUCAAUGUUUCCUGCAUGGGAGAUGUGGACACCGCGAGACUGCUCCUCCGCAAGGGGGCGUCUUUGGUGAAGAGAUCAACCAGGAGCGCAUUCGCUCCCCUCCACGGAGCAGCGUUCAACGGCGCAGACAUUGACUUCGAUAUGACGCACAGCGAGAACACAAGCCCCGGGACAGCAUUGUACAUAGCUUCCUACAGUGGACAUGUUGACAUCGUGAAACUGCUGCUCCGCAAGGGGGCGUCUGUGUCGAAGAGAACCAGAAGUUCAUUUGCUCCCCUCCUUGGAGCAGCGACCGAAGGAAGGACAGAAGUGGUGGAAUUACUGAUACACCAUGGUGCAACAGUAGACAUACGGGACCGCUUCCAGAACACACCACUCAUGAGAGCCUGUAACUACAACCAUCUCGACACAGUUCGGCGACUGAUUGAGCUCGGAGCAAGACCUGAUCUAACCGGCGGUCAGUGUCAGGGCAUGAGGUACUACGAGGAGGGGACAGAAAUCGGCAAAGGUGAAAAUGAAGAGAGUUGGAAGCUGAUAGAAGAGGCGAGGUCCGAGCUGUUGAGAUGCUGCAACCCAAAGUGUGGCAAACCAGACCACAGGUCAACCCUGAAGCUGUGUGGCCGGUGCAAGCUGACCCGCUACUGCAGCCGCGAGUGUCAGAUACAACACUGGUCUGUCGGACACAAGAAGUGCUGUGGGCAGGACGUGUACUUGUAAUCACAAUGAAGCUGACCCCCUCCAACAACGGAUGGCUGAUAAGGGCCAUAUGAAGCAUAGUUGAUAACACGAUGCCAUUUGAUACAGACGUGUACUCUGACAAGGGACCAAACCAUAUGGCUGACUUUCAAUGAGGAUAUGAUUCUGGCGUUCUUGUAGAAAUGACUCCCAAAAUGAAGCUCAUACAGUUGCAUGUUUUAUAUGACCUUGUUUGAUUUCUCUUGUAGAAGAAAGUAAAAACGUUGAACGAGUGUAUGAUUAGUUAGUUGGAUUUUACGACGGAAACUAUAAAAAACAACUGAAUACACACUGUAUUACACAUGCACAUACUUGUUUAUUUUAGCAACGGACGUCUUUGUGUUUUCAGACAGAGGUACGAAUCACAUGAACUUUGAAAGUAAAAAUUUAAACAGA